UAUACUAUUCUACCGUCUGCCAAUGAAAACUAAACAUAUUCUCAUAGUAAUAACCUUCUCUUUUGCCCGCAGACUCUCAAAAUCUACAACAGAAGUAAAACAAAAGUCGCAAUGGCUAGAUUUGACCCACGACACAGACAUAAACCAUCUCAAAAAAACUCCAAACCUAACAAGAGAAGAAAGAGAGAAUAUAGAAGUUUUGUACCACAACAAAUAUGUGCCUUUAUCAGAAUUACAAGAGCAGAAGGAAGCAGAAUUUGAAACAGAUGAAGGAAGAACUUUCAACGACAAUUCUAUUGAAAGAUUCAAAAGAGAAGCUAAGAAUCCGACUACGGUACGUCCUCUAGAAGUGUCCAGAACGUCACCAGAUGAUGUUAGUAGAAAAGGAAGGGAUGUGACCCUACCUGUCUCCGAUUUUGUCAGUGUCAGAGGUGAUCCUUUCGUGGUUAACAUUGAAGGUUUAAGAAUUGAAAACUCUGCUAAGGAUCCGAAGAUCAUUGAGGAUGGUAUUCCGAGCGUGCUGGCUGAUUCCAGAGUUACUCUAAGAUUAUUCGGCGAUGGACUCACAUCGCGAACAGUGAUAGCAUUCACGCAUGAAACACAACAGUAUGGGCAGCCUUGCAAAUUUCUUCUAAAGGGAGAAUACAUGGUAAAAGAAGGCUCCCUCCGUCCCAGAACAGCCCUAUUCGACAUAGUUGCGCCGGCGCCGAUCACAGACUCGAAGCUGUACAUCUGCGCCAAGAACCUCAGGGUCGGAGUCGAUGAUCCGUUCAAGGAUGAGGAGAAAUAUCUGCAUCAAGGCACGGAAAUAUACAAGAUGCUAGCGUCUCACAACACGCUGCUCCCGCUGUGGGUGUCUCUGACCCUCAUACUGACCUGUCUCAGCUUCUCAGCACUCUUCUCCGGCCUCAACCUCGGCUUGAUGUCUCUGGAUAGGACCGAGUUGAAGAUCAUUUCCAAUACUGGCACGGAACAAGAGCGCAAAUACGCCCGCGCCAUCAUGCCAGUGCGCGACCAUGGGAACUACCUCCUCUGCAGCAUACUCCUCGGCAACGUGGCCGUCAACUCCACCUUCACCAUACUCCUGGAUGAGCUGACUUCUGGACUCUUCGCCGUCAUAUUCUCUACCCUGGCCAUUGUGCUUCUGGGCGAGAUAACUCCACAGGCGAUAUGCUCGAGGCACGGACUCAUGAUUGGAGCUAAGAGUAUCAUGAUUACGAAGUCGGUGAUGGCUCUCACAGCGCCUCUAGCCUUUCCAGUGAGCAAACUCUUGGACUACUUCCUGGGUGAGGAGAUCGGCAGCGUCUACAAUAGGGAGAGACUUAAGGAGCUGGUCAAGGUAACCACAGACGUCAACGACCUGGACAAGGACGAGGUGAACAUCAUCUCCGGAGCCCUGGAGCUUCGUAAGAAGACAGUCUCCGAUGUGAUGACAAAGCUGGAAGACGUGUUCAUGCUGCCUAUCAGCUCAGUGCUGGACUUCGAGACCAUGUCGGAAAUUGUUAAGAGUGGCUACUCCCGCAUCCCAGUGUACGAAGGCACCCGAGGCAACAUAGUGACGGUGCUGUUCAUCAAGGACCUGGCCUUCGUGGACCCUGACGAUAAUACUCCGCUGCGGACGCUCUGCCAGUACUACCAGAACCCCUGCAACUUCGUCUUCGAAGACGUCACUCUUGAUGUCAUGUUUAAACAGUUUAAAGAAGGACACAAAGGCCACAUGGCGUUCGUGCACCGUAUCAACAACGAAGGCGAGGGCGAUCCCUUCUACGAAACCAUGGGACUGGUGACUCUAGAAGACGUCAUUGAAGAGAUGAUUCAAGCAGAAAUCGUUGAUGAGACUGACGUCUUUUUGGAUAACAGGUCCAAGCGACGCCGCAACAAGCCCACGAACAAGUUGCAGGACUUCACGGCGUUCGCUGAACGGCACGAGAACCAGAGGAUACAUAUAUCGCCACAGCUAACGUUGGCUACAUUCCAGUUUCUGAGCACUAGUGUAGACGCGUUCCGUCCAGACACUGUGUCAGAGACAGUACUCCGUCGUCUGCUCAAACAGGACGUCAUACAGCACAUCAAAAUCAAAGGGAAGACCAAGAAGGAUCCCAGCACUUACGUCUUCCAGCAGGGGAAGCCGGUGGAUUACUUCGUCCUGAUCCUGGAAGGUCGCGUGGAGGUGACGGUGGGGCGCGAGAACUUGGUGUUCGAGGCCGGACCAUUCACUUACUUCGGGGUACAGGCGCUCACGCAGAACGUUGGAGUCGCCGAGUCCCCGACCCCGUCAGCGAUGGGUUCUCUCCAGAAUAUAAACAUGGACUCCAUGCUACGUCAUACCUUCGUGCCUGACUACUCCGUCAGGGCCAUAGCAGAGCUGUUCUAUUUGACUGUUAAGCGAUCUCUCUACCUAGCCGCGAAGCGCGCCACGUUAAUGGAGAAAGGAGCUUUAUCUAAAGGAGCGACUAACGAACAAUUUGACACAGAAGUUGAUAAGUUGUUACAAUCUGUGGAUGAGGACAUCAGUAUUAGCGGAGAGCACAGAACUCCAUCUAGACAGGUAUCCCCCCACCCACAACCGGUCUCAGCGUCCCCCCACACCCGCUCCUCAUUCUCCACCCGCUCCCCCCCUGAGGGGAGGAACGGUGACGUCUUCGCCAGAGCUGACGAACAGGAGAAACUACUGAAAUAGCAGAGAGAAUUACUGACAGUACCGGUGAUUGUACACAGGUGAUGAGGUGAUUAAUUGUUUGCGGUGAUUAUGAAGAGAUUUGUACAGGAUAGAGCACUUUUUUCGUUUGGGUUUGAUUCUCGAAUGAGGUAUUUUUUUUUUAGUUUUAUUAGUGUUAUAACUAGCGACCCUCCCCGGCUUCGCACGGG